AGUUCGCAACUCGCAACGGGCAAUACUUCCGCCGGAAACUGAACAACAAACAGAGCUUAGCAUUCGAUAAGGCGAACUGAAGAAAAGAGAAAUAAUUAUGAAACUCAGUCAAGGGUUUAGCCGGUGCAUCAAUUUAUUGAGGCAAUUUCAAGUAGCAAAAUCAUAUCCCAAUCCUUGCAAUGAAAGAUCUUUUGUUUUGCCAGCGAUUCCGAACAUUUUUCUAUCCUUUUGUCGCUAUUAUUCCACCGAGCUGCAACCUCAGGUUUCAUCUGACCUUCUAAAAAUCAUGGAACAAAGAUUGGUUGCUAUUGAGCAUAGGAGUGCUUUUCUCGAGAAUUUCAUAAACCAGCCGGAAGCCUCACCAACCGAGUAUUCCAAGGCUAACAAAGAGCUUCGAAAACUUAGGGACUCAAUGGACCUUAUCAGUGAGUUGAGAACCAAACAGAAGGAGAUAGAUGGUUUGAGGACGUUGAUGGCUGAAAGCUCCGAUGAUAAAGAUAUGCUUGAGAUGGCAACUGAGGAUUUGCAUAAGGCUUUGGAGGAAGAGAAAAGACUGCAGAACUUGCUACUCAAGUCGUUACUUCCUAGGGAUGAUGCUGACGAGAGGGACUGCAUUUUGGAGGUCAGAGCAGGAACUGGUGGGGAGGAAGCUUCUUUGUUUGCAAUGGAUGUAUUCAAAAUGUAUGAGAGAUAUUCACAGAAGAAGGGUUGGAGGUUCGAAGUGGUGGAUAUAGCAGAGUCUGAUCUGAAAGGAUAUAAGGAAGCUAGUGCAGCAAUAUCAGGAUCUGGUGUUUAUGGGAAACUUAAAUUUGAGAGUGGAAUUCACCGAGUUCAGCGUGUUCCGGUGACUGAGAAGUCUGGACGUAUACACACUAGUGCUGUAUCAGUUGCUAUUCUCCCUCAGGCUGAUGAGGUAGAUGUCCGGUUAAGAAAUGAAGAUUUGAGAAUCGAUACUUACAGGUCUGGUGGUUCUGGCGGUCAACAUGCAAACACCACCAACAGUGCAGUCAGAAUCACACAUUUUCCCACUGGUAUAACAGUAUCCAUACAGGAUGAACGAUCCCAGCAUAUGAACAAAGCCAAGGCACUUAAAGUGCUCUGUGCAAAGCUGUAUGAAAUGGAGAGGUCUAGACUUCAUACAUCUCGAUCAAAACUUAGAUCUGAACAGAUUGGUAGUGGAGACAGAUCUGAGCGCAUUCGAACCUAUAACUUCCCACAAGGCCGAGUCACCGAUCAUCGUGUUGGCAUCACGUAUCAUGCGAUAGAUGAUGUGAUGCAGGGAGAAAAUUUGGACGUCUUUGUUGAUGCUCUUCUUCUGCAACAGGAAAUGGAUGCAAUUGCUACCUUCAGUUCUGCUCAAUGACCUAUAUUACUGGUCUUAGAAUUUGUCAUUUACCAUCUCAUUUCCAUUCAUGAAAAGGGUCAACACUCUUUGUUGUCUUGCAAU